AUGCAGAUGCACGCUUCCGCCCCGUACAUGGGGCAACAACUACCACUGGCUAGCCCAGCACAGGCCAGCGCCGAUGCCUACCUCGAUGAUAUCUCGAGACAAAUAGGGUUGGCACAGCUUCAGAACAGGCGAUACUCGCCAACCUCCAGCAGCCAUGUUCUUCACGCCCACGGCGGCAGCCCCAUGCGUAUCUCCAAGCCGACUAGUACUAGCAACAGCCCAAGAUCUGCCAUGCAGGCAAGGAGAAGGACCAUGAUGAACGACAGCCUAAUCGCCCAGAGGAACCAGCUUCUACUGGAGCAGGCAUGCCUGCCCACCUCAACUCACAAUGUCGUGCCUGACAACUUCAUGAGAAGAUCUUCGCGGCCAGUGAGCUGGCACCCAUCUUCACAGCUUGGCCAUGUGCUGCCCCAACAGCAAAUGCUCCCGGCACAACAAACUCCGCAUGCCAUGCCAUUAUCACAAUAUCCGUUUCCCGCAUAUACCGAGGCGGACUUGUCUACUCAAUACCAGCAAUAUCUUCCUCCCACCCCCGCUGCAUACUCGGCAUACAACUCACCAACUGGUCUCUCCCCUUUGGCCCUGCCAUAUUCGAACUUUCAGGCACCUCAGUACGCCACCAAGGACCUGUGGACCACGUCUGCCCCCAUGAUUCCCAACACCAAGCCUGUGUCACCAGACUCAGAGUGCCCUGGGCUGGUUGAGUCGACGAGCGCCACCGAUGAAUAUGCUCCUGCGGCCAUCACUUCGCAAGGCACAUCUGCGCAAUGGAACCCCCUCAUGCAGGGUGCCACCCCUCCUACGCCCGACUCUUACCCUUCGAUCCCGGCAGCACCAGUACCUGUUAUUCCUUCGGAUGAGAGCAUUCCUUACAGGUCACUCGACGAGGAGGAGGAUGACGGAGAGAUUCUCGUGGGUAUGGGUCUGUAUGACCCCCCGGAGAAGACUUUGGACGACUAUACUCUCAACGCCUUCCGCUCAUCCACUACUUCGCUCUUUGGUAGCUACGAAAUUCCUGAGCCCAAGGGCAAGGGUCUCAAGCUGGAGGAGACCUGGGUGCCUCCUCCACAGGAAGAGGAGGAUGAGGAUGAGUCCAACAGCGACGAUGACGCCGAUGCCGAAGAGCAGGAGUGA